GCCCUCCCUCGUUGGUUGUCGCACAGAUAGACAGCUGACCCAGAAUCGGCUGCAGGAGCUCAGUUGUCUACACAGACAUCCUUGUGCUACAUUGAGCCUGUAGCAGUGACCGCACUGAAUAAUAAGAUGCCUUUACCCGUGCAGGUGUUUAAUUUUCAGGGAUCUGUGGAGCCCAUGCAGAUCGAUGCAGACCCUCAGGAGGACCAGCAGAAUGCUCCAGACACCAACUACAUAGUGGAGAAUCCAACACUGGACCUGGAGCAGUAUGCCACCAGCUACAGUGGAUUAAUGCGUAUUGAAAGGCUUCAGUUCAUUGCAGAACACUGCCCCCAGCUCCGAGUGGAAGCCCUGAAAAUGGCCCUCACCUUUGUCCAGAGGACCUUCAAUGUUGACACCUAUGAAGAGAUCCACCGCAAACUCACAGAGGCCACACGGGAAGUACAGGGUGUUCCAGACACGGUACCUGAAGGCGGGGCAGCGCCUCCUCCUCUGGACUCAGCAUGGGCCGAGUCCACCAGAAAAAAGGCUCUGCUCAAACUGGAGAAGCUUGAUACAGAUCUGAAGAACUACAAGGGGAACUCCAUCAAAGAGAGCAUCAGGAGGGGCCAUGAUGACUUGGGUGACCAUUACCUGGACUGUGGUGACCUCAGCAACGCCCUCAAGUGCUACUCCCGAGCCAGAGAUUACUGCACCAGUGCAAAACAUGUCAUCAACAUGUGUCUGAAUGUCAUCAAGGUUAGUGUUUACCUACAGAACUGGUCCCAUGUACUGAGCUACGUCAACAAGGCAGAAUCCACACCGGAGAUAGCAGAGCAAAGAGGAGAACGAGACAGUCAGAAUCAAGCAGUCCUCACCAAAUUAAAGUGUGCCGCAGGCCUGGCAGAGUUGGCCUCGAGGAAAUACAAACCAGCGGCCAAGUGUUUCUUGCAGGCGUCCUUUGACCACUGUGACUGUCCAGAGCUUCUGUCACCCAGUAAUGUGGCUGUGUACGGAGGCUUGUGUGCUCUGGCCACAUUUGACAGACAGGAGCUCCAGCGUAACGUCAUCUCUAGCAGCUCUUUUAAGUUAUUUCUGGAGUUGGAACCUCAGAUCCGCGAUAUCAUCUUCAAGUUUUAUGAGUCCAAGUAUGCGUCGUGUCUCAAGCUACUGGAUGAAAUGAAGGAUAACCUCCUCCUCGACAUGUACUUGGCCCCACAUGUGAAGACACUCUACAGCCAGAUCAGGAACAGAGCUCUGAUCCAGUAUUUCAGUCCCUACGUGUCGGCAGACAUGACUAAGAUGGCUCAGGCCUUUAACACCACAGUAGCAGCUCUGGAAGACGAGCUCACCCAGCUCAUACUGGAGGGACUCAUCAACGCCCGCAUCGACUCUCACAGCAAGAUCCUGUAUGCAAGGGACGUGGACCAGAGGAGCACCACGUUUGAGAAGUCGCUGCACAUGGGCAAAGAGUUCCAGAGACGAGCCAAGGCCAUGAUCCUGAGAGCGGCCGUGCUGCGCAACCAGAUCCACGUCAAGUCUCCACCCAGAGAAGGCAGCCAGGGUGAACUGACCCCAGCCAACAGUCAGACCAGGAUGAGCACCAACAUGUGAGGACGAGGACGAGGACGAGGACGAGGACGAGGACGAGGAGGAGGACGAGGAGGUCGUCUCCGUCUGCUUCAUCUCAGCUGAGGACGGAGGUGAUACAAUGUAAAGACUGUAUGAUGACUUAAGGAUUUAGUUAGCAAACAUUUCCUGAUGACGGCACUUCACUGUGUUACUGGUAGAACAUGCACUUUGCUGUGUUCACACAUGGAUAGAAGUCUCAUUAACACAAACUAAAGGUUUCAAAUUAAAAAAACACCUACCCUAA